GCACACUGCAAAAGCAUACUGUGAGGACCAGAAACACACGUGGCCAUGAAUGGAUUACUCUCAAAGACCAAUGUGAACGGAUUUGCACAGACCUGACAGAACUUCUGUGUAGUACUGAUUUAAGGACAAAGUUGCCAGGCUGUUUUUUUCCUGCCGUGACAGAUUCAUUCAGGAGCCCCCUGAAAUGCUGAAUGGAGAGACAUGGAUUGGCAACACUGAUGUGAAUAUUUGGGGCUAAAUUUGACCUCUUCUUAAACAGCAGCACUACGUUAGUAGAACAUAACAAAACAGAGACAAGAAGGCCACACAUUACAAAAGUCUACAAUGCACUGACAACAAGGAAUGGAAAGCAUCAGCGUGGAAACAGACUGGGAUGGGUUAGGCCUCUCCUCUCUGAGCGCCACAGGAGGAAACAACUUCUCCUCCUUGUUUGUGUCCGAGCAGAACUCAUUCAACACGUCUCACGGUGGGGGAUCCCUCUUUGGGCCCUUCGCUGCGAAUAGCUCCAACACCACUCCGCAUACCCUGCCCCAACCCAGGAUAAGGGACCAGGGCUUGGCGCGGGCUGAGAUCGCCGUUCUCGGGGUGGUGCUGGCGGUCACCACCCUUGGGAACAGCUUUGUGUUGUGGGUGCUUUUGAGGAGGAGAAAGCACAAUGCACCGAUGCACCUCUUCAUGGUGAACCUGUGUGUGGCUGACCUGGUGGUGGCACUGUUUCAGGUACUUCCCCAGCUAAUAUGGGACAUAACAGAGAGGUUUCAGGGGCCUGACUUUCUCUGUCGAUCCGUCAAGUACUUGCAAAUUGUGGGGAUGUUUGCUUCUUCCUAUAUGAUUGUUGCCAUGACGGUCGACCGCCACCAUGCCAUCUGCUGCCCAUUGCAGGCUUAUCGAGUUGGGGCAAUGUCGAACUGGAACACCCCUGUUGUGGUGGCCUGGGGCCUGGCGCUAGUCCUCAGCAUACCACAGAUGUUCAUCUUCUCUCGUUCGGAGGUGGCCCCCGGAGAGUUUGAAUGCUGGGGUCACUUUGCUGAGCCGUGGGGGCUGAAGGCCUAUGUCACCUGGAUGACCGUGGCUGUGUUCCUACUGCCAGCUCUCAUCAUUACCAUCUGUCAGAUAAGAAUCUUCCGGGAGAUUCACAACAACAUCUACCUGAAGUCAGAGCGGAUGGUGAUGGCUGAGUUGAAGAAGAGUGAAAUCCUAUUUCGGUUCCACAGCUUCAAGAAGGAGGAUGAGCGGGCAAGGGACAGGGGGAAACAGGCGUCGGGAGGAGGGGGCAGGGAUGUGAGAGGAGGACAACUCAUCAAGAGUGUGAAUAACAACCCUCACAAUAACAUCCAUAACAACCAAGUGGGAGAUUGUUAUGAUUACACACCAUCUGCCCUUCAGUAUAGCAGCUGCAGUGGUGAACACAUGACGACAACCACCACAUCACCACUGCAGCAUCAAGUGCUGAGCAGCUCAGAUUUCCAGGAGUCUUUCACCAACUCUCCACGCUGCUCCGUUGAUCAAGUCCCUCCCCAACCUCCAUCCUCUCCACCUCCAAGCAUCAGCAAGGCCAUGACCAAGACAGUGAGAAUGACUCUGGUCAUAGUGUUGGUCUAUACCGUCUGCUGGUCUCCGUUCUUCAUCGUCCAGCUGUGGGCAGCGUGGGAUCCCAACCCUCCAGACCAAGGAGUGGCCUUCACUAUCCUGAUGCUGCUGGCCAGUCUGAACUCGUGCACAAAUCCAUGGAUCUACACAGCUUUUUCUAGCAGCGUGUCCAGAGAACUUCAGAACCUCCUACACUGUCGCUCACGAAUCGGCCGCCGGGGUUCCAUGCACGACGACUCUACCACCACACACACCUCCACCGCCAAGGACAACCUCUACUGACACAGGCUGAUGAGAUGGAAGCAAACACACUGAGACAUGCUCGAUAAUACAUGGCUGAGUGCACACGCACUCAUAGCAAGGACGUGCUGCCGCACACAAAUCCACUGCUGCUGCUUGCAUCUGCAGAAUCAUAGCUUGAGAACAGCCUGACUUCCGCCAGAUGUUGAGAGCGAUGAAGGACAGCUGUUCUGUCAGCAGUAGGCCUGUCUGUAAUCACCUGUCUGCUCUUCCCCAGCAGUAAGGAAAGGUGUCAUUGAAGAUGUCAACACCAUUUCCAGCCCAUCAUUUUAGUGAAUCUGCAAUGCAAAAUGACCUGGAAAGAAAAGAUAUUUUCACCUCCGAAACAUCGAAGGUGAAAAUCAGCUGUGCAAGGAUUCAUAUGAUGUUAAAAAAAAGAGAGAGUGGGGGAGAAAGAAUGAAAUAGAAAACUGGAUCUGCUCAGACAUAGUACAGCACCAGGAAUGCAAAGGGUGGAUUGGAUUAAUGCCUUCAAGGCGUGCCUAAUGCACAAAGCAGCACACAAAGCUAUGGGUGUAGAGAAAACUGGGCAACGGGAUGAGAAGAGAGAGACUGAAACAUAUGGAGACAGCCAGAGAGCUUGAGACAGCUGUUGCAUUGAAAGUAGGGUAUGUCUGGAGCGUUACAGCUGCAGGAAGGGUCCCGUGGAGGCUAUAUCUGAAAUAUAGUAAUGUAAACAAACAGUGUCAUAUCUAGGACCAUAGAUCUUUGAAAGAAACUUCAUAUCGAGUUACUUUUCAAGGAUUUGCUGGGAAAAUGGACACAAUCUCAGGAGAUGGAGCAGUACAAUGAAGACACAUCUCAGCAAAAAGCUGGAAUACUGCUUAACAGACAGAUUAACAGACAGAUUUUAAAUGACUAAAGAAGAAACUACAGUGAGGAAGAAGGACACAAAUGCGCAAACAGAUUUUCUAUAAUCAAAUGAGUUGCACUUGGUGCAAACAUGCCAUGCGAGGUACAAUAAAGGACCUUCCCAUCAUGCCCUCACGGAAGUAUGAAAGACAAACAUGCUGAAGAUACAGGAAGGAAUCAAACAUUCAGCAACAUUCCUUGUUGAGCACCAAUGAUGUAAAGUGUAUUUAUUGUAAAUGUAGGGCACAUUGGAUAUUAAUACAUCUUGUGUAAGAUAAAAAUGAAUGUAAAUUAUAGCUGUAAGUGUCAGUAGGAGAAAAUGUCAAAUGUAAAGCCAAAGAUUUCCUUAAGCGUAGGAAGCAACACAGGUCUUAACAGUGGAAAAUAUACAAAGCUGUGACUGCAUAACUAUAAAGUGAAACUGCUGCAUGUCAGUUAAAUUAUAUCUGAGUAGCGAGCCGUGAAAAUACUCCAGGUCAAAACCAAGUGCCUGCAAUGCCUCCCUCUUCAAGUCACAUCAUCCAUGUUAUUCUUAGAUAAAGCUACCAUCAGAGCACAGUUCAUAUGAUAUGCUAUAUCCCCCCAUGAGCCACUUAUUUUACGUCUUAUUUAUUAUUGUAUAGAAGAAAAUGCACAUACACACAUGUAUAUGUGAACAAAUAUAUAUAUAAAUAUAAUUACAGCUUCUGUUAUCACCUUUCUGGUAACAGUUUUUACACUGCAUUUUCAUCUUUGUAAAGAGUACUGUAUUAUGCCCUCAGCUGCAUGACAAACUUUCAUGUUAUUACUUUUUUAUUAUUAUUAUUUAAAGGUUUAAGUAUGCAAAAUAAUGUAGAUGUAAUGAGUAUAUAUAUAUAUAUAUAUAUAUAUAUAUAUAUAUAUAUAUAUAUAAAGUGAUUAGAAUUUACUGUAUUUUGUGAAACUAUUCAUUCAUGAAGUUUCAGAAAUGAACUCACACUGGACCCGUUCAAGACAUUAUUUGUUAUUUUCUGAGAACAGUUUUAUGUGAGUCUGUGAGACAAUAAUGGGAUGCUUUCAAGGUGUCUCGGGAAUACUCGCCAGGGUCGAAGGAGAGACCUCACCUUUUCCUCUGUGUACCCACGAUGUUUGGGCUUCCAGCACGCCACCGUGCAUUUGUUCCCCAGACACAGCCCCACUUUGAUUGUCUGCCAAACAAAAGACUGCGGCAACGACAGUCUGUGUCUCACUUUGUUAUAUCAGGAAAUAGAUGACCUUCUCCCAAACAUUCGGAGGAUCCAUGUAUUUUUCCUUUGCCUGUCAGGAAGCUAGGGCGCGGAGGAUGAUUCUUCUGCGGAUAAAGGGUCAGCCUUCAGAUCCAUUCAGCUUUUCAGAUGGGAGAGGUCAAAUGGAGUGGAACUGUGCAUAAUCUUUUAUGUACGGUAAGAGUGAGCAUUAAAAAGAGCCUCAUAAUCAAUGUACUCUAAUAGAUUGACAAUUUGCUGAAAUAAAUAUCUCUAUGAUGUUUCACUCAACAUAGAUCCAUCAUUGCAGGGGAUUUUCUUUUGACUCUGUCUCGUUUCCUGGGGACAGUUGCUCUUUUAAAUGCAACUGCUGUCAUCCCUUCCUUGUCAUUUGACAUUAUAGAAGGUCCACAUAGUGGGUUACAGGUUUGCAGUAAUCACGUAUGACAGUGUGGGUUAGUAUUUGCUGUAAUGUAAUGCUCACGGCUGAUGUCUGAGCUCAAGGUCACCUUUUGCGUAACAGGGUUUUCUUUCAUGUCUGCGACUGUGACAGGUUAUAAAACAAUCAAAUGACACCCCUCAGUUAGAGAAAAAAAGCAUUUUAUCUUCAUAUCCAUUUAAGGUCAGCUAAGGAGUGCAACCAGCGGUGCUAAAGAACAACAGAGCCCUCCAACCUUGACCGCAGUUAGAAUAAAUCAGGCCUGAAGCCAGUAGCUUUACUGCAGGGAGAAAUGUGUCUGAGUUGCUUAACUCAGAGACCUCUCCAAAUUUCUGAUGACAACCAAAGCUCCUGCAAAGCUCCUCCCAAGACAGUGGGAGGCACAUCUGGCCCAGACGAACUUACACAACCCUGUUGGAUGCAGUCAUAUUUUAUAACCAUGCAGACCAAAGGAAAUAUGAUGAUAUUAUCGUGUCUUUUCAAAAAGCCCCUUUUCCUUCAUCCUAUUUUCUCUCUUCCUCAUUUUAACUUGACGCCUUUAUAAUUAGCAUGUGAUUUUUUUUUGUGUUAUAAAUAGCCAUGUUUUCAUUUUACAUA